UUGCAUUAGUUCUUUGUCUUUUUAAUUUUUUUUUUUUCGGUUUACCAACAAUAUUACAAACAAAAGGUUAAUUAGGCUUGUGGGUUUUUUUGGUUCAGAAUUUUUGUCUUCUUAAUUUGAUUUUUCCUCCCAUUUUUUUUUUGUUUUUUUCCCCUAGAAAGUGAGUGAGAGAGAUGGAAACAUCAAAAUAUAUUCUGGGUUUUCCUGUUCCUGUUGGUCUGGUUUCCUCAGGUCUCAAAUAGGCUCUUCUGCUAAUCCAAUCAAACAGACAGCAAAACAGAAAAUUGCUUUUUAUUUUGGAAAAUUAUAAUAAUCUUGUAACCAUUAUUAUGCCAUUGAUUUUUGCAUUUAUAAUACCAAGGACUAAAACUAAAUUAACUUGAACAAAUUCUUCACAACUUUCCUCCUGUUUUAAGCUUUCCUAUAUUAUAAUAUAAUGAUGCCCCUGACAUUAUCGAAUUGAAUUUGUCUGUCCUUUUUUGACGUUUUAUUCAUCUAUUAUAUAGUAAAUCUUCAUUCCCACAAUGUCAAGCUCAAGCCAAGCUCAAAGGUCAUCUAGUUCUCCUGACCCUUCCACCCAAAACUCAGUCUUAGAGGGAAAGGCCGCAGCAGGGGCGGAUGAUCUGCCAAGACAAGGAGAAGCAAAUCCUUGUGGAACUCUCGUUCGGCGGGCGGUCAGUGAUUCACAUGCCCUGUCAAAAGCCCUUUUUGAGGACUGGAUUCCGGGUUUAGCUGCUGAUGGUGCUGAAGAGAAUUCUGUUGGUUUAACUGGCUUGGAAUCAACACUUGUGUACGGGCCUAACUCUCCUAGGAGAAAAAGUGCUAGUGUUUCAGACUAUGCCUUGGCCUCAGCAUUAUCAAAGAGCGUUUCUCAGAAUAUGCAGCAAUCAGUUGGAGAGCCUGCAAUAGCAAAGACCGUAAAACGGAACUCAUGGCAGCACUCAAGGGACCGCCAAGUUCAGUAUAUUGCAGAAUUAGAAAGAACUAUAAACAUUCUCCAGACUUUAAAUACAGAGCUGGAAGUUAGAGUUAUUUCUCAGAAUCAGCAAUGUGUUGCUUUGUACAUGGAGAACAACAUAUUAAUGCAGAGACUGGCCACCCUGGAGGACCAAAUAUUUAUCAAAGAGGGUCAAUAUCAGUUGCUGAAGAAAGAAAAUGAGAGACUGAUGAAUGCUUUCGCAAGUGGUGCACCUGAGGCAGCGCGAUCACUAGUCACUUGGCAGAUAUUAGACAUGACAAAACUUAACCUUAAUUGAUUAAAUUUCAUGAUAUGCCUUGUACAAAAGGCUUUUUGCCAUUCUUUUCUUUAAUGCAAAAACUCUGACAAGGCUUAAGAAUCUUGUGCCCUAACGGGAAUGGUUGGUCAUGGCUGUGCUUUAGAGCUUUACCUGCCCCUGCAGUUUCAGCACAUCCUGACAGUCCAAUUUUGUGUGUCUUCCGUUGUGGGGUGAGAAUUGGGCUGAACAUUCAAGAGGCACAACAGCGGUUCUGGUGGUGAGGAACAGAGAUGUUUAUGGACGGAUCAGGUUGACAGUCUGGAAAUCUAAGCGCAGAGAUUGUGCUUGAACAGUAGACUUGAUAAAUUUGAACACAUGUUAACACAGUACGAGAAAACAUGGGUUAAAUAGAUUUUGAGUUUAAUCUUAAGGUGUUUCGUAUUUAAUCUGUCUGACACGUUAAGAUAUGAAAAUUUUUCGUGUCUUAACGUGUCUGACACGAUAAAUACGUUUAAAACACGUUUAAACACGUUUACUUAAUUGUGUUAUCGUGUUUAAUCGUGUUCUCGAGUUUAAAUGUGUAUACGUAAUACAUUUAUUAACUUAUUAAAAAUUAAUAGUUAAAAAUUAUUUUAA